AUGGAUGACCCCUUUGACAUUCACGUUAUCCUCUCCACGUUAUCAUUGGAAGCUUCUAAACAUCACGUCGCACGGUUCCGACGCUUCAUGUGGACUCAGAUCAAUAAGGUUAAUGAUCACCUUGCUGGCCUUGAGGCUAGCGACCGGGCCAAACUUGGAGAUCUAACCAAACAGCUCCAAAUAGUCUCCCAGAAUGCAGACUCUCAUAUUGCAAAUGCCGACGUUGCUAUUUUCACAGCAUCUGCGAUCCGAGAAGCACAUUCACGCCUCAGCUCUUGGCUCCCCAACUCCAGACCAUUCAUACAGCAACGUGCCCAAGACUCCAUAUCAUAUGUCAUUUCUUCGAUGGAAAAACAGAAAACGUGGUUUCUUAAUUACAAGCAACGGAAGGAUAGUAUCAGCUCCUUGGUCUACAGUCUUGUAACGCAGCAAGAUGCGGCCAAUAACAUCCAGAUUGCGCGCAGCAUGAAAGAAGACUCGACAUCAAUGACUUCAAUUGCUGUUUUGACCAUGGCAUUUCUACCGGGAACCUUCGUUGCGACCGUAGUUGAUGCCGAUAUAUUUGGGGCUUCUGUCAAUGACAAGGCAUGGCUUAUCUGGUUGACGAUUACAGUACCUUUGACCCUAGCAGUCAUGAUCUGUUGGUGGAUCUACCAAAAGUCAAAAGAGCCCAAAAGUACGGUAAAAUACACGUUGAAUGAUAAGGAUAAUGUUGGGUCUAUCGUCAAAGGAAGACGAAUAAGUUCGCUUCGAAGACGUAGUGCCUUCAGCAGUUUUUCCUUUCGAGCGGGAAUCAAUCGUGAGAAAACCGCCAUCAGCGAUCAGAUACCAUAG